UCGUCGUGCUUCUGUCAUUAAAAUCUCCUAACCUGUAUUGUGAAUAUAAAAAGAAAUAAAACAUUUGUAUAUGAGGAGGGGCAAAAAUACUGAGUAUAUAUUAUGAUUCAACCACACGCGACGUAACAUCGCAUCGUCGCAUCGACGUACAAAUCAACAGAUCAAUUUAAUCAAGUUGACUAUGUAUUAAUAAGAUAACAAGCAAAAAUCUACUUGUGGAACGUUUAUUCAUACAAGGGCGUUCGUUGAGUGAAAAGUUUUUUUUUCUUUUUGACAGGGCGGGAUUUUUUGUGAUAUUGAAAUUUUUGACAAUUAGUGCCGUGGAUAUUAUUUAAAUAAUAUUUAGAAAUUGAAUUUUUCUAUAGUGUAAGAGAUUUAAAACCUUGUCAAUUAUAUUAUAUUUGUCUUGUAUAUUUAUCAUAAAAUUCAUUGUUUUCUCUUGUUAUCUACAAUGAGCUAAGAAUGAGUAACUUUUGUUCCUUUCAAUUGAGGAUUCGAAUGAACUUGAGUUUUAAUCAUAUCUCUGAUGAAAUUUAAUAAUUUGUUGAAACGUGAAACACUUUUUAAUUAUUGUCAAUUAUGUCAACGAGAUUGUUUAUUAAUCUCCUGACGUUCAGGUGCUUUAGUGACAACGACGCACAAGGAUGCUACGAGGUCAGUUGAGAGACAUUUUAUCCUGAAUGGUUCAUGUGUGUCCGGAGCCAUUCAUCGGGACUAAUAAAACGGACACGUCCAAAAUGUUUAGUUCAAAAAUAAGUGGUUCAACGAGUAAAUUUUACACUGAUCUCUUUGACGAUGACGACGAAACGUCUCGUGAAAAUGAGAAUAAUAAAUCGCAAACAACGAGAAAUUCUCAUCUUUUGGAACAACAGAGUGGUGCAAGUGAGGAUGGCAAUUCGCAGGAUUCAGAUUCAACUGGCGGUGUUCAGGAUGAACAAAAUUUUCCCAAACAUCCAUAUAAUAGAAUUUCACGAUUACAAAGUUGUCCCAGAUUUCAAUCAUUUCUCGUCACAACUUCAAAUUCGUCAAUUUGCACGGAAAUCCGAUCGGAGAAAAUCACUUCCGAAUCUUCCUUUGUUAAAGUCUCUCACAGUGUUUUAGAAUACAACAGUAGCAGAUACAAGGCAGCGGAAAGAAGUUCGCAUCAAUUUAUUCUCGAAGAUUAUGCAGUAAGCGAAUCGGAAAGUGAAGAAGAAUCCGAUGAAAAUCGCUCGACGGAAAACACAGCUAUUGUUGAUCAACCAAAUGAUUUGGCAAAUGAAAAAUUAUUGCCAACGAAAGAGGAAAAUUAUUCACAAUCAAAGAAAAAAAAGGCACAUCAAGUAGCUGAGGAAUUACUUUUAACGGAAAAAAAAUAUGUUAAUAUACUUCAUUUAAUUGAUCAAGUAUUUCAAUUUCGUGUUGAUCAAGAAAAUCGUGCACAUCCAAUGUUUCCACCCGAAACAGUUCAACAUAUGUUUUCUAAUAUUAAAUCUAUUUAUAAAUUUCAUAAUGAUUUUUUAUUACCGCAACUUGAAGAGAGAAUGAAAUUAUGGGAUAGUAAUUCGCGUAUUGGCGAUAUUAUGAAGAAUUUUGCACCAUUUUUAAAAAUGUACACGGAAUAUGUGAAAAAUUUUGAUUAUGCAAUGAAUCUUAUUAAUAAUUUACAAGCGAAAGUACCACGAUUUGCGGCAAUUACAAAUGAAAUACAAAAACUUGAGGAAUGUGGAAAAUUGACAUUGUCACAUCAUAUGUUGAGUCCAAUUCAACGAUUACCAAGAUAUGAGCUUCUUAUUAAAGAUUAUUUAAAGAAUCUUUCUAAGGAUAAUCCUGAUUAUGAAGAUACAAAAAAGGCUUUGGAAUUAGUUUCAACGGCAGCGAAUCAUACGAAUGAAGCUAUGAAGAAAAUCGAUAAAUUCAAGAAACUCUUGGAGAUUCAAGAGAGCAUUUACGAUUCAACUGAUCUAGUUAGUGCGACACGUGAGCUGGUUAAAGAGGGACGGAUCGUUAAAAUAUCAGCCCGAAGUGGAGAUCAUCAAGAGAGGCAUUUAUUUCUAUUUAGCGACAUACUUUUGUUAUGUUCAUUGAGACUGAUUCCGGGACCUAUGUAUCGUUUGAGAGCAAAAUUUCUAGUGGAAAAUCUUGAAAUAAUUGAGGGCGAUAAUUUGGAAACUGCUAAUACAUUUUAUAUAAGAGAUGAUAAUAAAAAUGUUGAAUUAUAUACUCAUUCAGCGGCUGAUAAAGCCGCAUGGCUCGAUGCACUUUUUGAGACAAUGCACGAGAUUAUGAGACGAAAAGCGAGUUUAAAAACAGGGGAAGAGAAAAAUAAUUUAGUUAAAAUUGACGACGUUAACAGAUGCAUGGUGUGCGAAACUUUAUUCUCUGUUAUGAAACGAAGACACAAUUGUAGAUCGUGUGGAAUUAUUGUCUGUAGCAAAUGCUCAAACCAAAAAUUAUUAUUCGAGGACAAUAAACAUAUGAGAGUAUGUAGAUUAUGUUAUGCAGCGUUGACACAACCAUUGACAAAAUCGCCCUCUUCGCCAGUUCCAAGUUUACUUCAAGUCUCAGCAAGUGCACCAUCGGUUUUUUCCGGUUAUUUAUUAUUAAAAACACAAGCAAGUAAACAUUGGACAAGAAGAUGGUUUUCCCUUCACACGGAUUUUGUUUUAUAUACAUUUAAAUCGGAUUCAGAAAAUAUGGCAAUGACUGCAACUCCACUGCCUGGUUUUAUAGUAAUCGAGGGAAAAGAAUUGCCCGACGAUGAUCCAUUAAAUUCUAAAGAUCGAAUUAAAGCUUUUAAAAUCCAUCAUUCACGAAAGGGUUAUUAUCUUCAAGCAUCGUCGCAGGAAAACAAAGAAAAAUGGGUGCACGUAUUAAAAUUAGCCACAAAGGCUGAGCUACCUCAAGAAAAUGAAAAUAAUGAAAACGCACAUGAUCAUCAGGAUAAUCAAUCGCAAACACAAUAAAAUCAUUGGUAAUGUAUUUAUUAUAUUCUAGUUAAAAAUCUUUUACAUAUCGUCGUCGCUCUAAGAAUCAAGAAACUGUAUUGUUAAUUUAAGUUUUAUAUAAAUAGGAUUUUUUUUGGCGAUAUUAGAAAAAUGAAGCAUGAAAUUUUUUGCAUGUCAUUUAUACUCAUAUAUAUAUAUAUAUAAAUAU